AUGGCUGAUUCAACGGUUACUGAUGUAUCCAAAAUGAAGGUAAUAGACCUACGCAAAGAGCUAAAAUCACGAGGUUUGCCCCACGCGGGAGAUAAAGCAGAACUUGUGGCGCGACUUCAAGCAGCAAUAUCACAAGACGACCACGGAGAUAUUAAUUUAGAUUCUGACGAAAUCGAUUCAGAUGGUGUACUAGAAGAUGAAGACGAUAAAAAUCAUACUGACAUUCUCGACGAUAGUGCAGUAGACACGAUAAACGAAGAAUUAGCACUCGCAGACAAUUCGCCAUCUAAAGAUUCAAAUGAUACUAAGCAACACAGGAUUCUCAAACGAAAAAUAUCUGAAAACGAUAAGAGUUCUAAAAAUGGAGAUAAUAAAGACGCUGGAUCUAGAAAAAUUGUUUUAAAUCGAGCUACUUCUGUAACUUUGCAAGCACCUAAACCAGUUACUGAAGUACCUGAAGAAAAGCCAUUAGAAGAAGUGAAAAGCCGUGAAAAUACCAAGGUCAGAAUAACUGCAGAAAUAGAUCCUAAAACAAGGUUAGAGAUGAGAGCUAAAAGAUUUGGUUUGCCUGUCAAAAUGACUGAAGCUGAAAGGAAAGAAGCGAGGAAACAGAGGUUUGGUCAGAAUACUUCCAGUGCAAUUACUGGCUCAAGUGGCUCACUGUCAGAGAACCUUGACAAACUUAAACAAAGGGCAGAAAGAUUUGGCCAGUCUGUCUCUAAAAUUAUGACAGAUAUUGAAAAUAAGGAAAAAAUUGAAAAACGUAAAGCCAAAUUUGGAACAAUUGAAUAA